AUGAGCGACAGCGAGAGCGAGUACGACGUCGAGGAGGAAGAGAUCGAUGAGUCGGAGUUCACGUGUGAGAACCGCGCGCGCGCGAUGAAACAGCCGGAUGUGGUGACGAAGUAUAAGAUUGCGGCGGAUUGCGCCAACGCGGCGCUCAAGGUCGCGACGGACGCGUGCGUCGUCGGCGCGAAAAUCGUCGACUGUUGUCAGGCUGGGGACGAUUCCUUGGAGAAGGAGACGGCGAAGUAUUACAACAAGAAGGAUAAGGAUGGGAAUAAGGUCGAGAAGGGCGUGGCGUUUCCCACGUGCGUGAGCGUGAAUAACCAGGUGUGUCACGCGUCGCCGAACGCCGACUGCGACGCCGUCCUCAAGGAGGGUGAUUGCGUCAAGAUUGAUCUCGGUGCGCACAUCGAUGGAUACGUCGCGACUUCUGCGCACACGUUUGUGAUCGGUCAAGAUAAAAUCACGGGUCAAGUCGCGGACGUGAUGAAGGCGUGCGAGUUGGCGAGCGAAAUCGUCAUUCGUAAGCUCCGCCCCGGGGCUUCCACCGCCGACAUCUCGGAGACGAUUGAAAACGUCGCCAAGGAUUUCGGCGUGAACGUGGUCGAGGGUGUGAUGACGCAUAAUAUGAAGCGCUUCAUCAUCGACGGAAACAAGGUCAUUUUGAACAAGCAAACGCCGGAGAUGAAGGCGGAACCGACGGAGAUUGAAAUGUACGAGACGUACGCGCUCGACAUCGUCAUGUCCUCGGGCGAGGGGAAACCGAAACAAAGAGACGAGAGAGAGACGAGAGUUUACAAGCGCGCGAUCGAGAAGAACUAUCAACUCAAGAUGGCGAACUCGCGAGCGGUGUUCUCAGAGAUCUCCAAGCGAUUCCCCACGAUGCCCUUCACCGCUCGGGCGCUGCAGGAGAAGCGCGUCAACUUUGGUCUCGUCGAGUGCUGUAACCACGGUCUUUUGCACUCCUACCCGGUGCUGUACGAAAAGGACGGCUCCGCUGUGGCGCAUAUCAAGAGCACGUUCUUGGUGUUGAAGAAUGGGAACGACCGAAUCACCACCUUUGCGCCGCAAGCGGUGGAGUCGGACAAGAAGCUUAGCGACACGGCGCUUUACGACCUGAUCGCGCAGCCGCUGAAACCGCCGAAGAAGCCCAAGGCUAAGAAGUAG